AUGGCAGCUCGACCCUGUCAUUCCGCGGGGGGGAUGCCGCCGCUCUUUGGUGGAAGCAUGAAAACACCUCGUCAUUCGUAUCAUCCACAUCGCCCCGGUGCGGCUGCGUCCACACUGGACGACGUAGCAAUGGACGUGGAGGAGAACUUGUCAUUGCUAAUGCAUGAACAGCUGCUCAGCCCCACGGAGCGGAACAUUAAGAUCGGUGUGUACGGUGUCCUCAAUACGGUCAUUUUGGUACCGCUUAUGAUCAGUUUUGCGCAGAUCAUUUUUCGUGACCCAGAGUUCCAGCCGUACAUGAACGACCUAGUCAAACUCGUGCUUGUAUCGGCCGGUGUCCACCAAAUCUGCUUCACGUGCGUCAGUUCGCUGCCGUUUGCCAUGGGCCAAGUACAAGAUGCAGGUCUGAUCUUCCUCUCGGCCAUGGCUUCGUCCAUCAUCAAGUCACUGCACGACAUGAGAGGCGAUGCGUUCUCAAUGGACGAGGUGCUGGCCACGACACUCUUUACUAUGGCCGUUUCUACGGCCGCCCUGGGUGCGGCGCUUAUCGUUACAGGCAAGCUUCGUCUAGCCAGCUUUGUGCAGUACCUGCCUAUGCCAGUGGUCGGUGGCUACCUGGCCUUUAUUGGCUUCUAUUCUAUGGAAGCUGGUUUGUCCAUGAUGACCACGCAAAGUAUCAAGCAGCCUUCCGACUGGAUCAAACUGGCUGACUGGAAUGUCUUGCUGUUGUCUGCACCGGGCGUCAUUGCCGGCACGGCUAUCUUUUGGAUCAACUCACGCUGGAACCAUAUGGCUGUGAUGCCUUGCUGCUUGACGGUAAUGUUGACUACAUUCUACGGGUUGCUACUUAUCACGGGCUCAUCUCUUGAUGAUGCUCGUGCUGCUGGAUGGGUGGCGGAGCCUCCACCAUCGCCGCGUUCUCUCAUGCAAAUCUACGGCUUCUAUGACUUUUCCAAGAUCAAUUUCUCGCAUUUGACGGAUCAGAUUCCGACGUGGGUUGCCAUGUACUUUGUCGUGGCAUUCUCGUCAUCUCUCGACGUAGCUGCCGUUGAGACAGCGCUAGGAAAGCCUCUGGAUCACAACCAUGAACUGCAAACAGUAGGUAUUAGCAACUUGCUUUCGGGUCUCGGUGGUGGCUUUACUGGAUCCUACCUUUUCUCACAGACGAUCUUUACACUGCGUGGUAGGCUCGAUAGCCGCUACGUCGGUAUCGUUGUGUUCUUUCUUGAGAUUGUUGUUGUACUAAGCCCGUUCUCAAUCAUUGCCUACGUACCCAAGGUCUUCUUCGGUGCGUUGCAGAUGCUUGUGUGUCUUGAUCUCAUGAUCGAGUGGCUCUGGCAUGCUCGCAAUAAGCUCCUUCCACGCGAGUAUGGUAUCGUGUGGCUUACGUUUCUGACGAUGGCCUUUGUGAACCUUGAAUUGGGCAUUGUCGUUGGUAUCAUCAUUGCUGGCUUCAAUUUUAUCUACUCGUACAUUGCGACUUCUAGUGUUCACCGCGUCAUGAAGCGUUCGCGUGUCGAGCGUAACCUUAACGAACGUGUGCUGCUUCAAAACAUGCGCAUGUCUAUUGUCACGCUGCAGCUAGAAGGGUACAUCUUCUUUGGUUCAAGUGUGAAAGUCAUGGAUGAAGUACGUCGUCAUGUGUUGGUGACCACCACAGAGAAGCAGGAGGCUCAAACGUGCUCACUUUCGGAUUCGUCACCCUUCUUGUCUCGACACCAACCCUCGCCAUAUGUAGCUCGUUCGUUGGAGGACCACUUCAACGAUGACCUUACGACGCUAGAUUCCGUUUUUGAUGACCACGAAAUUCACGGCUACUCGUCAACACCCAAGGCCGCUGGAAGAAACGGACCGGCUGCACUUCAUGCGGCUCGUACGAGGUACUUUAUCUUGGACUUUGAGAAGGUGAGCGGUGUGGAUGCCACGGCUGUGCGAAGUUGCUUUAACGCCACAAAGGAACUGCUAGCUCAGCACGGUAUCACGCUUAUAUUUGCAAGCGUGCCGACGGAUGCUGAACGAUUAUUGCGCGUCCAUGAUGUAAUUGAGAAGGAGGACGGGUCAGGAACGGGAUCACUUGUGUUUGACACAUUGGAUAAGGCUUUGGAAUGGUGUGAGGAUGAACUGCUAGUAUCAGAAGGCGUGCUGCCACUUAGUGAAUCUGCGCCAGCAUUGGCAAUGAAUGGUGGAAACGACGGCCAGCCCUGGCAGUUGCUAGACGAACUCUUGCCUCGUCCAGAUCGGUACCAGGGCAACACCGACAAAUCUGUUUCUGAUGGUUUGCAGCCUAGCGACAGCGAUGAGAAGAGUGUUGUGCUUACACGGGAUCUCGGUGAAAUGUACGUAACGCAUUUGAUAAAGCAGGAAGGCGAUACGCUGUAUCGUGCCGGUGGUCUUGUCAACGGUGUCUAUUUUAUUGGCUACGGCAAGGUGGACGUAUUCAUGCCGUCUAAAAUUUAUGAAGGUUUGGGACCGGGCUUUCGUGGCCGCAAGCGUAUUACACGAGUGUGCCAGGGAGGUUUGGUAGGCGCGUCGGAGAUGAUUCUACACAAGCGUCAUCAAUUUACUGCACAAGCUAGAUCUCCCAGCUCUAUUUUUUUUCUAAGCAAGUCUCACUACGCACGGAUGCAAAGGGCGCAUCCUGCCUUAGCUGCCCGAUUCCAGCAGGCUAUGCUGCAGUCUAUGGCCAUUGGAGUGCUCGAGUCGAAUAUGGCGGACGAUUGA